UUGGCACUAUGAAAGUAUAUCUGUAUUAAACAAAUUCAAAUGGACAAGAACGUAGCAGGCCGUUAUCAACUCUUUGCGUAUACGCAUUAUGUUCUUUUGGCGUUAGCCAUUACAUGGUCCAAAGCCAAAGAAUGUGGACAAAGCACUUCAUCUAAAAUAUGCUGUUCUGGCUAUAGAGAAAUCAGUGGAACCUGUACUGAAUGCAUCGGAUACAUGGGAAAAGACUGCAGUGUUCCCUGUCCAACUGGUUUCUAUGGAAAAAGAUGUUUUAAGUCAUGUAAAUGUUCUGUGUUCGAGACUUGUAAUCAGUUUGUUGGGUGUAUGCCAAACUCAGCGUUUGAUCUGUUUUUAGAGGUGGGCAUUGUGGCUUACGUGAGUCAUCCAACAUAUACUUUUUAUGAUAAUUCUUUCCUUGCUAUCAUAAUGUACUAAGAACAUGUAUGAACACUAUAUUAUGACUAUGUGUAAUAUUUAAUAAAGCCCUACUGACACUCUUGGUGUUUCUUUCAGGUUAUAUAGUAAUAUUAAACCGAUUCAAAAAUUCAAUUGUGGAUUCAUUUGAGAGCUAAGA